AAGACGUAAUAAAUCUGAACAAAUUCAUUAUAAUUUUGGUAUCUCUUCUAUUGUCUUUGAUCGUGAAGUUUUUCGUAUAAACGACGUUAUAUUUUGUCAAGAAGAUAAAAUAAAUAUAACGGAAAAUAAUAUUUUAAAAGGGCAAAUAUAAGGACAAGAAAAAAAAAAAGAAAAGCCCUGAUUGAACAUCAAAGAAAGUAGAGAUUGACAUGAUGCGUUUAAAUUGAAAGACAAUGCAGUUAAACGAUGCGAACACUUUAUAUGGAAAAAAAGACUUGUUUCAUUGAUUGAAAUAUUUAAUAAUAUAAAUAUAAUAACAAAUACUAAAUAACAGUGAGGAGACAUGUGCAGAUGUUACGUAGUACAUUUAGGUGGAUGACAGGUUCUUCAAAUAUGGAUUCAAUUAAGGAUAAUGAUGGUCUCACUAUUAGUGAGAUUAAAGAAGAAUCUGAAGGUUCUGACUCUAUAGAGGUGGACAAUUCAAGAACAGUUUUAUUAAAGAUAGCUACAUUAUAUGCGGAACGUCUUAUGAAUGAUAUCUGUUUGGUUGUCGAUGGAGUAGAAUACCCAGCACAUCGUCUUAUCCUUUGUGCUUCUAGUGAUGUUUUCCAAGUAAUGUUAAUGAGUCCACAAUGGAGCGAAUCUCAAGAAAGUAGAGUAACAUUGCAAGAAACUCCUCAGUGUGCUCCAAUAUUUAGUGAAUUUUUGCGAUACUUUUAUACCGGUCAGAUAAGAAUUAAUCACGGAGUAGUUCUCCCAAUCUUAUCAUUAGCAGAUAAAUAUAAUGUUAAAGAUUUAAUAUCGUUGUGCCUUGACUAUAUGCAAGAUCAUAUUGCUUUGGCUGCUAUACAUGGUACAUUAGUAUCAUGGUUACAAUAUACUUCUAAUUGUGGUCAUCACGAUAUUACUCAAUCAUGUCAAAAUUUUAUUAAAUGGAAUUUAGAAUUAGUGGCCAAAACAUCAGACUUUGGAAAUUUUGAUUUGGACAUAUUAGUGUCGUUGUUACAUCAAAGUAGUUUAGUUAUAAAGGAUGAGAUGACACUUUAUAAGUGCCUGGAAUCAUGGUUGGAUCAUCAGGCAAACAGAUUAAAAACUCAAUUAUUGCCUGACGAAUUGGAGGCAACAUUAAAGCAAUUAGUGGUAGCUGUUAUGUCACCUGUUAGAUUUCCAAUGAUGUCUCCUAGACAACUGGCAGAAUUACUUUUAUCACCAUUAACGAAAAAGUACAAAGAAUUUUUUGUAGAACGUAUGUCCAUUGGAAUGUCCUUUCAUUCUGGACAAAUUGAGAGAGUGAAGGAGGUUUGUUUGAACGAGGAAGAUGGUGCAUUAUUAUUUGAGCCAAGGCUUUACACAGUGGACACGUGUAGUUCUUUACUUACAAUAGAAAAUUUUCAUGGAUUGCCUUCUUAUCAUACAAGAACGCUUGUGUUCUCAAGUCAUUCCUGUCUUGCAGAAUAUGCUGGUGAUAAGGCAUGCGAAUGGGUCGUAGAUAUUUAUCCAAAAGGUGUUUGGUUUAAAAAGUUUUUCCUUAUUGUAUGGCAAGGGACCGUAGAAAUGCCUGAACACGUUAAACGUUCUGUUAGAUUGUCUUUAACUUGUAAGGAACCUCCGGUUAAUAGUGAUACUGAUAUGAGAGUAAAAAUAGGUGUUCUGAUAUACGGACUCCAAGAUGGAGUUGAACAUAUUGCAAGAGUGACGGAAAUAAUACAUAGAUUUAGUAAAAAAGAACGAGUACUCAAUCUGGAUGAUUUAUUACCAUUCGAAGAACUUAAUCCACAACAAGGUUCUGUAACAGAAAAUACAGUAUCUCCAUUCUUAGUUGGGCCCAAUAAAGAUAUACUUAAAUUGCAUAUAGUCAUCUCUCCAGCCAAUUAAUAUAUAAAUAUAGAUAUACUGUUGUAUUAAAUGCGUACGAGAAAACAGGAACGAAAUAACGUUUUUUUUUUCUCUCUCUUUCUAGGUAAAUAUGUGUUUUUGAUAUUAUUUAUAUAUAUAUAUAUAUAUACAUUUUUUUUUUUUUUCUUUAUAAAUUCAAUUUCUUAAUUCAUCUUAAUUGUUGUGAGCGACUAAUAAUUGAUGACACAUUAAAAAUAUGAUAUUAAAUGUAUAGCUGGUUAUAUCUUUAAAUUAUUAUAACAGAUAAUUUUUUUUGUGUGCUAGUAGAAUAAUGCAAGGUUUGAUUUCUUGAAACAAUUUUCUUUUUUUUUCUUUUCUCUUUUUUUUUUUUCUUUUUUUUAUCGCUUAACGCAAAGAAAUCAAAUUAAAAAAAAAAAGAAAAGUUUAUUAUCAGUAAAAUAUAUAAUUUGUGCAAUCAUUUGUAUCUAUUUUAUAUGUGUAUAAUAAUUUGUAUAUUAUGUGUAAUGAACACAUAUGUAUUUAAGUGUAUAUAUACAUUGAUCUAAAUUUAAGUUUCUUGUUUUAAAGUAUAAUCUUAUAUUUGAUUAUAAUAUCGAGGGAAAAACAAAAAAAAAAAGAAAAAGAAAAAAGAAAUACCAAUUUAAAACCAAGUUAGUUACGUUUAUUAAAUCUUGUCAAUAGAGUAUCAAAAAAUCUUUUAUUAGGAAUGAAAAUAUUGUCGAUGUAUAUAUAAUCGUGUUAAUAAAUCAAAAAUAAAAUAA